GGCGUCUGCAUUGAAGCAAACAAAUUCUAUAGCGUGUUAAUCACUUAUUUGCUUAUAAUCUUUAAUUAAACUAAUAUGAUACAACAGCAGCCAAAGUGGGGUUCGGAAAAAUAUUCCACUUGAUUCUCAUUUCUCUUCUCCACCAUACCCCACUCAAAUUUUUUCUAUAUUUACGCUCAAAUCAUUCAUUAUUUUCUAACUCAAACCCCUAUACACACGGACUCAAAUCAUUGAAAAAUGAGUGAGGUCGUGGAAGUAUAUUCAAGCCCAGUAAUGAUCGUGAAAAACCCUUCUAGAUCAGAAUCUCCAGUUCCGGUGAUCUCAGCACCACCCUACCAAUUGAGUCGGUCACCGUUGAUUCUUGAUUCAGAUAAUCAAAAGAACCUUAAGAGCCCAUUUUCUGUGAUUACACCUUUAGCGAGUCCGAUGAAAAAGGCCAUGAAAAGCAUGCAAAAUUACCUUGAAGAAAUUGGUCAUCUGACGAAGCUUGAUCCACAAGAAGAUUGGCUUCCCAUUACUGAGUCAAGAAAUGGGAAUGCAUAUUAUGCUGCAUUUCAUACCCUAAGUUCAGGGAUUGGAAUUCAAGCCCUUGUUCUUCCACUUGCUUUUGCUGCACUUGGUUGGACAUGGGGAAUUAUAUGCUUAUCAUUGGCAUUUGUAUGGCAAUUAUACACGUUAUGGUUACUAAUCCAACUCCAUGAAUCCGUCCCUGGAACUCGCCAUAGCCGAUACCUCUUGCUCUCAAUGGCUGCUUUUGGUAAUAAACUAGGAAAACUAAUGGCGCUUCUCCCAACGAUGUAUCUCUCUAGUGGCACUUGUAUAACCCUAAUAAUGAUCGGUGGGGCCGCCUUGAAAAUCUUCUUCCAAAUUGUGUGUAGCAACCCCACAUGCAAUGCUAAUUCAAUAACAACCGUUGAGUGGUACAUUGUUUUCACUUGCUCCGCUGUGAUCUUGGCUCAACUUCCCAACUUGAACUCCGUCGCCGGAGUAUCCCUGAUCGGCGCCGCCACGGCAGUCACAUAUUGUACUUUAACAUGGGUUUUGUCUGUCACCAAAAACAGGCCAAAUGGCAUAUCCUAUGAACCCUUACAGACCAAAUCUGAUAUUGCUAACAUAUGCAGCAUUCUCAAUGCGCUUGGAAUUAUUGCAUUUACUUUCAGGGGACACAAUCUUGCCUUAGAAAUACAGGGAACUAUGCCUUCUAGUCUAAAGCACCCAUCGCAUCUGCCAAUGUGGAAAGGGGUGAAGUUUUCAUAUCUAAUCAUCGCCUGCUGUUUGUUUCCACUGGCAAUAGGAGGCUAUUGGGCAUAUGGGAAUUUUCUAAUUCUCCAUUCUGAUGACAAUGCACUUUUUCACCAGAUGCCUACAAAUGCAGGGAUUCUGAGUGCAUUGGACCAGUAUCAUGUACAUGACACAAGUAAGGUGAUUCUGGGGUUAACAAGUCUCUUGGUCUUGAUCAACAGCCUUACCUCUUUCCAAAUAUACGCAAUGCCAGUUUUUGACAAUUUCGAGUUCAAGUACACUAGAAAUCAGAACAGACCAUGUCCAUGGUGGGUUAGGACGGCACUGCGUCUGUUCUUUGGAUGCCUGGCACUCUUCGUAGCCAUAGCAUUGCCAUUCUUGCCUAGUUUGGCUGGAUUGAUUGGAGGGAUUGCAUUGCCGGUAACUUUAGCAUAUCCCUGCUUGAUGUGGAUUAUGAUCAAGAAGCCAGAAAAGUAUAGUGCAAUGUGGUAUCUCAAUUGGUCACUAGGGUCUCUGGGACUGAUACUGAGCAUUCUACUAGUAUUGGGAGCAAUAUGGACCAUAGUGACACGGGGAAUAGAAGCCCACUUUUUCAAGCCCCAGUGAGUAGGUAGACUAUGAUAAUGUCAAAAGCUACUUACAACUCUUGCUAAUUAGUAGAGACUUCUCUGAUGUUGGUCACCUAUCGAAUGCACAAAGUAAAAUGUAAGGUCAUGCACUCAUGUCUGAAAUCAAGACAAUGGAAAAUAGUAUACAAUUGAAGGGAUGCACCAUUUGAUUGCGUGUUGAAUAACAACAAAUAUGGUCUAAAUUUCCAUACACAAGGUUGUGGAAGAUAGCCUCAAGUUUGCUGUAUCUAAGUUUGCGCAACAAUAACAUAAUUAGGACAUGUAAUGCCAGUACAAACACCAAAUCUACA